AUGAGUAGUGCGCGCAGCAAGCAGACGCGGCUGCUGCGGCAAGCCAGCGUCCUCCACGAGCUCCAGGAGACGCAGGAGAAGGAUUCGCUGGACGGUCGGUACGCGCGCCUCAUGACGGAGCUCGCGGCGCUCUGUAGCGACCGCAACAACGUCAUCACGACCGACUCGCUGCAGUUUUUCGCCUCGCAUAACCGGGCCGAACCCGUGCGGCUCGAGCGCGUCCCCGAGCGCUUGGACGCGCAGCCGAAACCCCUAAGCGCGACCACCGCGAGCGCAGGCAGUAAACAGGACGAGCUCCUCAGUGCCGACGCAGCGCGGCGACAGCGCGUGGAGGAGCUCACGCGGUUCUUCAUGGAGGCCAAGUCGGACAUUGAGUUUGCCUUGGGAGGCGGGCGAGACUUUGUCGAGGUGAACGAGAAGGACAAAGGCGUGGCAGAGAGCGGAGAGCGCGACGGCGAGCGCGAAGACGAGGACGGCGACGAGGACAAGGACGAGACGGUGCUGGAUCCGGAGAAGGAGCUGGUUAAGGUGCAUGUCCAGCUACUGCGGGGCAAAGUGGACUCCCGCGUGUUUAAUGGCAUGCUGGGCCAGAUCCGGGAGCAGGAUCCGGCUCUGUACGGCGCGAUGCUGUGCCAUCCACUCGUGACAGGUGUCGACCCCAAGAAGGAGAAGAAGAAGAAGAAGAAACGGAAAGAAAGUGAACGCAAGGAGAAGUUGUUCUCAUCGACACAGACGCCGAGUAGUGCUAGUGUGCCGACGCCGGAUUUGAUUGUUGAGCCGCUGUCGAGCGAAGACAUGAAGCUCCACAUUAGUCGAUUUGUCGUCAAAAGCAUUGCGGAAGGAUCGUUGCAAGGGUUGAUGCUGGCAGCAAAGCUGGUGUUGACGUUUUUAAAUCAACAGAGUGAAGAGAGUGAAGGCUCGCCGCCGACGUUCCCGCUUGCAUCGCAUCUUCGAGUGCUGCGCGGAGAGGAGGCGCCGGAACGCAAGACGAAGAAGACAAGCGUAAGUGCAAAGUCGUCAGUAAAUAAAGAAGUCACGGCGUCGACAGUAGCAGAUCAGGCUAUGGCAGAUACGAGCACGCUCGAAAGCACGGGAGGGAAUUUUGAGGCUGAGUUGCAAAGCGUCGUUCUGGAAAACACUGCAGCUUCGACCGAAAUGGAUUUGGUCUCUGAAAGUGGAUCGAUUGCUAAACUCCGUGCCCGGUUGAGUCGUUUCGGUGAUGGUGACGAUGAAGUCGAUAAGAGCGAAACUGAAAAGGACGAUCAUGUGGAAGAGGAAGAGAGCGUUGGUGGAGAGGGCGUGGAUGAAGACGCGCUAAUGGCCCGAGCAAUUGCUUUGUCGCUAUCUUCGGAGGUAAGCUUACGGAAUCAAAGUGAAGCCUCAUUGACGCCAAAAAGCGAAAAACAUCCAGAUGGAACGCUAGAGAAAAGCGGACUCCCUGUCAUGAAACCUCGUCCUACUAAAUUUUCCGCUGAGGAGUUGUUGGAACUUGGCCCGUUUGCACUUCCUGGUGAUUCGAUCGCUGAAGUCGACGGUGUUUCUGUCGUAAUGGCGUUGAUAGUCCAGAUGACUAAAAUAUGCUUGCAGUAUUUGAAACUGUGCCAGCAAGGGAUUCUCCCUAAUAGCUCGCGUGUACAGCCGCACCCACUUACAUUCAUGCUGCUCAAUUCGUUGUUAAGGGAUCUGCAUACAUCAACAGGGCCCCACGCACAGUGGGCUGAAGAUCCACGCUGGGCUGCGAAGUGGCGCUUAUUUGUAUCGUGUUCGAUGCUUUCGUUGCUCCGAGUACUAGAAGUACACUUGUUUCACGUGGAAGUGAUGGGUAUUGCUCCAGCUUCUGUCGGUCUAGGGCGCAUUGUGAAACUCGUCCCCCAACCAAAUGAGAAUGGAGCUAGAAAUGGCAAUCCGUUAUUGGAGAGUCUAAAGUCAUUAGUCGUUCACUACAUCGCGGUUGAGACUCCUCCACAACUUGAUGCUGACCGGGACGUUAUCGAUUUGAUCAUUUUCCAGAGCCCUGAAGCUUGCUCCCCGGUUGAUGUUCAGAAGGCUGCAGCGUAUUAUUUUGCCCGUAUCCGCGAGCAAGCAACGGCUGCGUGGAUCCGUGCUUUUGCUAUCUUUUACGAUAGCCAGAAGGAGCGACACAUGAUAUUGACGACGAGGUUGGCCGAGUGCUUUAAGCUCGCGCAAAGUGGAGAACAAAACGUUGAGUGGAAGUUUUACCAACUGGACAUUUUAUGCGCUCGGUUGGCAUUACCGGAUAUGGCCCAACACUUUGUGCCCUCUUGUGUAGACUUCAUCGAACACAACACGAGAAGCGAUCGUGAGCAUGAAGAUUGUGACUCUGAUGCACAAAAAACAAUCGACGACUUUACUCUACAGAAUGCCACUUCGAAGUCAGGAAAGAGUAAGGCGAAGUGGAAUCCAGCUGUGAUUCAUGCGUCACUUGAGUCAGGUUCUAUAAGUGCACGUUGUCUCUACGAUUACGUAUUAGGCCAUGGACCCCCAGGUCUUUUGGAUGCGGUGAUGGAAGCUCCAGGAGAUGGUUCGGGCGACAAUGAGUUGGAUACUGACACGUUGGCAGAUGCGUACGAAGAGAUGUGGGACGCCGGUCGGAAGCAAAAGGCGGAGGCUUUGGAUUGCAUUAAUCGUUUGCCCAGUUUAAUUGAUCUGCUGCGCGAAAGUAUCAUGUGCCCGGGAUGGUGCAACUUCUCUUUUAAAGAAAACUUUGAAUUGGUGCACGCCCCGUUGAUACCGCUUCUCGAAAAAGAAGACGAUUCUUCGCGACCACUUGCUCUGAAUGCUCGAACCGUUCUGCUCCGAUCGUUUCAAGAUCUAAUGAUCCAGCGGAUUGGUGGGCCUCAUGGUGACGAGCCUCCUGCUCUAGAGUUUGAUUCCUCACGCUGCGCCGAAACGAUGACACUUUCGGACGGGAACCGAACCGCGAAGCAAUACACGGCAAAACAGUGGGGAAUGGUGAUGGCUUCCACUGGUUGCCCGCCCAACACCGGUAUUCAUGAGUGGGGGGUGCGCCUUGACCGUUGUGAGAAAGGACACAUCUUCCUUGGCGUAUGUACUAGAGAUGCAUCAGUAGCAACUUAUGUUGGCGGCGAUCGACAGGGAUGGGGUCUUAUUGGAACUCGAGCGCUCUGGCACGCUCGUAGCAAAGUUCGCGGCGAUUACGGGGAUGGAUUUACAACUGGCAGUGUUGUGCGUGUUCGGUUGAACACGGAUAGCGGAGCGUUAUCCUUUGGUGUUGGUGAUAGUGACUGGGGUAUCGCAUUUGAUGGUCUGACGCAGCAUGGCACCUUGUAUCCUGCAAUUGGUUUGUAUCAGAGGGACGAUCAGGUCACAAUUCUGCCAGUGCAGCCGACAGCAGAUUCCGCUUACGGGGCGUCAACAAACGGUAAGGUUUCUGAGCCCAAAGGUAUCGCAAUUUCUGCUGUCCUCAAGCCCUUCCUGUACCACGCGGGAGCUUUGUUAGAGUCGUGUUGCGCAUAUCUGUCAGUCUCAUCGGAGAACAUCUACGGUAUUGAGUCGGAUCAGCAAGAUGCUCGUAGUACAGGGCAGCGGUCCCGUGAUUUCAAGCAAACGGUGUCUUCGCACCCUCUUUUGUUUUCGAUGGUGACUCCACUGAUCAGUUCCCUUAGUCUUAUCCGAGACUACCACGGUUUGUCUUCGGCGCUAGCUUUGACUUUUGUGCCAUGGUGUAUCUGCGCGAUGCAGUGCAUCGAGCGUGCAAACCAGGCUGUUGAGGCGUUAUUGGACAACGAUGACGUAGAAGGUUCUUCCAGCAAGCUCGCGUUAAGCGUUGCUGGUGACUGGGAAUUAAAGAGCAUGGCAGCUGGUAACAUCCCGGCUCAGCAGUACCACCUGACUCUCUCUCAAGGCAAAGACGGCUCGAUGCAUGGACGCAGCAGUGGUCCGUUUACUACUGUGACGCUAAAUGGUAUUGCUCGAGGAACCAAGGUAUCUUUUGUGGAAACUUGGCGUCAGGGAGGCACCUGCUUAGUUAAGGGACGUCUUCGUGCUGACGGAGACGUCUUCACUGGCAGCUACGAAGAUACGAAGAGCCACACGAGUGGCUGUAUUGUUGGGAACAAAACUUCGCGAAGUGACAAGGACACUGUCGAAUGGCAGUGGGUCACGAAUCAGCUGGUCAUCCUGGAAAUGGUUGUUGCCAACCUGCUGGGUUAUUUUGGUCGAACGUUGACUAGUGUAGAAAGUGACGACCUACUUGUUGACAGCGUGACUACUAGUGUUAUUACUCUAAACGACGCUGGCUGUGUUGACGACGGCGAAAGUGAUGACGUGUAUCAGUCGGAGUGCUCGACUGAUCAAUACGACGAAUGGGUCAGUAGUAGUUUGCUGGAGGGCGGGCUACCCCUGCACAGCGUACAAGUGCAUUUGAAGAGUGUGCUGACCCGAUGCUCAGAAAUGACAACGUCUGGUCCCACUAUGGCAAUAGACGCGUUGCCAAUGCUUACGAAGGCUACUAGUAGCUGGAUGAAGCUUGUAUUGCCUAAGACGCUCUCAGCCCCACUUCUCAACCUUGACAGUGUGUCAGUCAAUGGUGCGCGUGUCAACAACACAUUUUUGAAAGAUCUCAUUGAAAACCGUGGUGAGGCUGCUGUACUGGAUGGAUGGGUGUCGAAGCAUGUUGGCGAAUCGCCUUUCGUCAGACUAGGAGGGGAAGCUAUGAAGACUACGCGGCGAACUGUUUGUGCCGCCAUGAUAUGGCACAGCGGCUUUCUAAACUGCGUUAAGAAGCACAUUGAAUAUUUGCAAAGCAACUCCACGGAAAGUGACGUCCGACCGCAUGAUAACUUGAUGCAUAUCUGGCGUGCUGCUCAGAGAGUCAUCGAGUGGGCAAUUCGAGCAAAGAAUUCCAUGGGAUCCACAUAUACCGUUGUGGCUGGUCUAGUGAUCCGGAAGGCUCAGUUUCUACUCGAGAUCGAACCUGGCGCUAAAGCUCUGGCGGCUGCUGAGGCUGUAUUUGCGAUGACAGCGGUGGACAGCGGUGCUCAGAGGACGGCGUCUAAGUCAGCUAUACACGAGUGUGCUGAACGCAUAUUCAGUGAUAUUCUCGUACAAGUAGCACGUUUCGUAGAAGCUCCUAUUCGAAUGUCGUCGCUGCAGUCCAGGAUGCUCGAAAAGUGCACGGCAGCAUUUUUGCGCACAAUCGGCAUACUAUCGUUCAGGCAUUUUGUCGGCGACUUAGGUUGUACUGCCCAGCGCGGUGCAUUGGCUUCCGAACGUCGCGAAGUCAUUCAGUCUCCACUCGCUCUAUCAAGUGCGCUGCAGUGGCUGUCGCCGACACUGGCUGAUUCCAAAGCUAGUGGUGGUAAUGGCCCGUUGCUGGGCAAAGAGUUUGGCGACUUCCCAGCUACUGUGGUGUCAGCAGCUACGACUCCUCAAUCCACAAGAGAGUUGUCGUACUAUCUGAGCGGUCUUGGUGGCUGCGGUAAGCACUUGAAGAACGACCUCAAGGACUCGUUCGAGUCAUUGUACGGCUACUUAUGCGCGUCUUUGUCCAAGGCGACUUGGGCACAUGAUGCUGAUCUGCAACUUGUCAUCUUAUUAGCGUGGGGAAUCAUCAUUCAACCAGACGAUCAUUCAUUUUUGUCACGAGUUGGUAUUUUCCGAGUGCUGCAAACUGUACUAGACGAGGCUCGAGGCUCCAGCGAUUUGACCUCAACAGAAGGUACAGCUGAUGUAUCGCGGAUGUCCCCUGAUGAUGCAGUCUUGAUUGCAGAAGACAAGAAGAGAAUCGUCCAGGCUGCAUUGAAAGUGGUGCACCUGCUAGCUGCGCAAGUUGCGCAUGCCAGUGACACCGCGGAUGGCCUCUUGAGCGCGUCAGAUCUUCCAUCGACCCCAGGUCUCAGUCUAGGAUCGAUACCGCUGCUGCGCAAGCCGUCAGGUCCUGAAACACUUGGAAAGUCGGUGUUUCACAUGCUGUACACAGAGCUGAAGAAUUCGCUGGAAGAGAUGCGGCAGAGCCGGAGGAGUGUGGCUUCUGAAUAUACCCCAGCUGUGUUCGCGGCUGAUCCAAUUCAGCACAGCGAUCAAAGUACAUCUAGGUCCAUUCGUGAAGGUCCGGGUGAUUCUCAAGAGUACUGCUACCAGAUAUGUUCGCUCCUGUACUCGGUGAGCGGCUCACCUGUUUGCAGGUCACACCUUUCAUCAUCUCGAUGGCUUCGCUUGUUACUGGCUCUUGUGGAUGUGAACUCGCUGCAGAUACAGCGGCGCAUCCUGAAAUUGCUUCGUCGUCUCCUCCCGUCACUCGAUCCGUCCUCCCUGAGGGUUCGAUACGACGAGUCUGCAAGUUUUGACAUCGAAAGUGACGACGAGUACGAAGCUGACGGUCAGGACGAAUCUGAUCAUGCAGCCACGUUGAUCAACUUUUUCGUGGAAAUUGUAGGAAUGAUUAAUCCUCCCAGUAUGGUAGAUGUAAUGCUUUGUCGGCAUGGAAAAUCCGAUGAGGGUUUCCGGAAAAGUCAGGCGGCAGACUCCGGUUUUAACGCUGGACUCGCAGCCGACGUAAUACUACUUCUUCGCUCAUUGUACGAGUCGGAAAAGUGGGCAGAGUACUUGAACAGAGCGAUUACCGGUGCACUUGCUUCAAUUCCUCUUGCGUGUGUCACGGAGCAAGGAGGAACCGUUUCCGAAACUGCUGAUUCCGAUGUGGAAAUGGAAGAUGUGUCGAAGGAACUUCCGUCUCUGAAAAGUUGGACAACGCAAACGAGGAGUUUUGUCAGGGCCUUGUCUGCACUAUGCAUUCUCGAUGGCCACAUUGAAGGCCUCCACGUUGGCGGAUCUGUUAAAAUUAUACCUCGAUCUGGCUCGUCCUUACAAGAAAGCGCUUUUCGAGGAGCAAGGGGUGUGAUUGUUGCCUAUGAGCCAGAAAAGUCAGCAGCCGAAGUACUGUUGCGCGCAAGUCGCGCAGAUGAGACCGAUGCUCGACAGCAUUCUCUGCUGUCAAGUCGCUCUAUACCGACCCGUCCGGUCCGUGUCCCGGUUGAUGAUCUGUUUGCAGUGCCAGAGGUCGAGCUACCCAGCAAUGCAUUUUCGGAUACUGUGUUGAGGUCGUUACUCGUCGAACGGUUCCCAUACUUUUUGACCGAAGUCAAGAAGAGCUUUCUAGAGGUGAAUGUCUCUGACGCGUUUGAUGAAGCAGAAGGGGAAGGUGCGAUCGAAGGGGAUAGCGAAGAUGAUGAUGAUAUGUCCAAUGAUGAGUCAUCUUCGCCAUCGGCGGUGGAUAGCGAAAUGCCCAGCUGUGGUGUCGACGGAUCAGAUUCUGAUGCGAAUGCAUCACCUUCCCAUCAGAAAAUGGACGCUGAAUCCUCUUUACCUAUGGAACCCACCGACAUUAUGGCGGAGAUGGAGAAGGAGUCGCGACUUCAUCGGAUGCUUCUGUGCCAGCAUGGUCUUCGUGCUGCAGCUUCAUUGCUGAAAGAUGACCACUGCGCAGCGACGUUUAUCCGUGGUGUUGGUUCCACCGGUUUGAAGGACUUGCUCAUGGUUGCCAUCUCCGACACACCUACAACAGCAGGAGCUGGAGACAUCUCCUCGCUGGAGGAGACUUGGCUCAUGUUGUGGUCCCGGUGGUAUGCAAUUAGAAAGGCUUAUGCGGCACCGUCACCGCCAGCAGACAGCAAAGAAGACAAACGCAAAAAAACUGGCGCUGAAGGAGCUGACAUCUCGUUGGGUCCAAUGGUUCAACAGAUGAUGGAGAUGGGAUUUCCGAAGGAGUGGUGUGAUGUUGCUUUGGCUCGCUGCUCUCAUAACGUUGAGGCUGCAAUAAACUUCUGUUUUGAACACAGCAGCGAUAUGGAGCGUCUCGUUACCGAGUGUCGGUCAGUUCAGGGAUCCGGCGGAGACGGAAGCUCGAAGUCGACGCGGAAAGAUGACGUAGAAGCCAUUAGUCCGUUAUUGGAACAGCUCUCCGAGAUGGGAUUCCCGUUCAACUGGUGCAAAAAGGCUCUUGCUGCGAACAGAAAUAAUGUGGAUGCAGCCUUGACGUGGAUCUUAUCUCAUGGCGAGGCUUUGGAAGCGGAAGACCGACGAGAUGAAGAAGCAAAGCUUCGCGCUUCUGGUGAAGAUGUUGCAGAUGGAAACCUUCCGAGCACGGUUCCUGAAGGUGAAGGUGCUGUUCUCAUGUCAAACCCGCUCCGAGCUGUUAGUGGUCAAGCUUGCGUUGGUGAGCACGACUUGAUGGUAGAAGGCCUGGUGGGUGGCGGAUUUGCUAGUGUUGGCGCACCCGACUGCCUCGUUUCAAGUGGACGAUGGUACUACGAAGCUACGCUUCACACGAACGGUUGCAUUCAGAUUGGGUGGGCUGACGUGGCUUUCUGCGGUGCAGCUGAUCGUGGAGAUGGCGUCGGUGAUGGUGCGCAUUCAUGGGCGUACGAUGGCUGGAGACAGCAGCGAUGGCAUGGCCGCUCAUCGCCUUGGGGAUCUAAGUGGAAGCAGGGUGAUGUAAUUGGUUGUGGGAUCGAUGCAGAUGCAGGCACCAUCAUUUUUAGUUUAAAUGGUAAGAUGCGAUCGGCUAACAUGGGUGUCGCUUUCAGGGCAGUCGAUUUUGCUCGCGGGGUUUAUCCCUGUGCAAGCUUCAACCGAAGAGAGCGAUUGCAGUUUAAUCUCGGCGGAUCGCCAUUCAAGUUCCCGCCUCCACCGGGCUUUCAGCCUAUUUUGAAUGUCCUCAGUGGUGCGUCCGGUCUUGGCUUGGUACCCAGGGGUUUCGAUGUGAUCGGGUCUCGUGAGGAUUGCCUGGAAGAAAGUGUGGGUGAAGAGAAUUACUCAAAUGACACCAGGUACUUCGCGCGAGACAUGCCUCCAUCCAUGCUUCGAGGGUCCGGCCACGGUCGCAGCAGUGGUUUCGUUUCUGGCUCGUGUGUGACAAAGGCGGACGCCUUAGCCGAUGUUAAAAGCCUCCCCGAUAGUCGUGUGUAUCUUGAGCUCCUGGUGGUAACGCGCUCGCUCGCAAUCUUACAGGCGAGGCGAGCUUUACUGACAUUGCUUGCUAAAUGGCCAACGGCGGUAGUUGGACCAUUCUCCGUGUCAGCAUUUAUAUCUGGCAAGGGUGCAUCGCGCGGCUCUACAGAGAAUGAAGACUCUAUGAGGUUUAUUGACUUCAUCAAGCUCAUUUCGAGUUCAAGCGCUCUUCACGUGUCGAGCACACUGCCAAGUGUGUCAUCGAUACUUCCCGACGAUGAUGCUUUUUAUCUCCUUGAUUAUGGUGCCACAGGUCGUUUCGCGCUAGACUUGCUGUCUGCAGUUGUAAGAUCGGCACUUGACAAGGCGCUUUCGAUGAUCUCGGCUAGCGCGUGCGACCACAUGCCUUUGGUGGACACGAUACUUUCCUGUAUCUCAUCAGAGGUCAAAAGAGCUUCACAGCGCCAGUACGCUAGGAUUCCAUGGAACUCAUCGGAGGCCGCCAUUACUGCAACCCUUUUACAGAUUACAGUUGAAGCGGGCCAGACGUGGUCAGAUAAAGAAAUGCUGAGCCACCCGAACCUAUUCCUUGCAGAGUGGAUCAGUGGCUUAUUGCUACGGUCGUUAGAGGAACACAAGGAGCGGCUUUUAUCGCCCACACAUGACCUUAUCCGGCAACAAUUGCUUGGAGCUUGGAUUUUGUCACUGAAAUCUCCAAGCAUGUGUGUCAAAGAACGCGGGGCAACUAUCCUUGGAGGAAUCCUGCAAAAUGCACUACCGAAACCAUGCGGAGCUGCUGAUGCGAACUCAAUUGGUGAUACGGAGAGUCUAUCCCAUUCGCGAUUGAAGAUGGCCUUGGAAGUACUGCCUUUGCAGCGGCUUGUCGACCUGUCGCAAGAGCGAAUUCUUCGCGAGUAUCCGAAUGUUCCGGUAUGUUCUAAGUACGUACAAAGUUUGGUGGAGCUUGUGUCUGCCGCCGGCUUAGCCUUGAGCGCUAUUGGGGAGUCUGCCGACACACUGUUUGACAGCAGCUCAUCCCAGCAGCUACAGGCUUGCAAGCGAAUCGAAGCAGACUUAGCACCAAUUGAUCAGAACGAGUACGACGAAGUGAUGGCCGCCAAGAAGUUACAGGCGCAACAGGCUGCUGAAGAGGCCACAAAGCAGGAGAAGCUUGCGAUCGAGCGUGCGGCGGCGGCUGCAGAAGCAUCAGAUGAUAGAGAGUCAUCCACAAGUCUGAAUGAAUUAAGCUUUACGGCCAGCGAUGCCGAUGUUGAAAUCCAAGGUGUUGACUCAGGAGGUGUCACGGAAAGGAGUAAUGGUGCCAGCGGUGCCACCAACAUGGAAGUCGACAACAGUGACUCCGAAGAAGCUUCAGAUAUUACGCUGUCAGCAAUUGCCAACAUGGUAACUGAAGAUGGCGAUGUGAUGGCAGCCAGUGCUGCUGUAGCUUCUGUUUCCGGUGACCGAUUAGUUAUCAGGGGACCGGGGAGACGAACAAGGCGACCCAUGCCAGAGCUCCUUCACAAUAAAGCAGGUGCGACGUUUGAGUUCCGUUUGCCCGAGAAAGACCCCGACUUCGAUACGUCCUUGCUGAAUACGCGGGAAAUCGACACGUUAGAGGCUGCAAAGCGUGGUAUCAUGGGGGACGAACCCAGAGGUUGGAGUCAUGGCAAUGAUGUAGGGGUGCUCGCUGAUGCACACACAGAGCUAUGGAGUGGCACACUGACGCAAUUUCGGUUACGCCCGAAGAAAGAGGAAGGUGAUCAGCCCGAGUUGAAGGUGGGGUGCAGGGUAAUUCGCGGACCCAAUUGGAAGUGGCGCGAUCAGGAUGGAGGUGAAGGCAGUGUGGGUAUUGUUGAGGGUGUGUCGCCGUGGAGUGGUGUAGAUGGCGAAGGCAUGUCAGUGCGUUGGCCAAACGAUUCUUUAUACACAUACCGCUGGGGAGCUGAUGGCAAUUUUGAUCUGAUUCAUGUGGAAGUGGAUGAGGAUGGAAAUAUCACGUGUCAACAUGCUACUCCGAAAGCAAAGCAAGAGGACGAGGGAUCGUUCGGAUCCGAACUACAUCUCGGUGUGCUUCUGUAUCUAUCCGUUGACAAAGAAGCUGUGUUGAGUUCCGACAACGAUGCACUGAAGGUGGCUGGAUUAAUGGAGUGGCCUGACUACGGAGCUGCAGCUCGCGUCGUUGGCAUCCGAUAUUCUGAUGGAUCAUUGUGCGUCCAAGAGUUGCAGCUCACACGUGGCGAUCCCGAUAUGGGAUGGAUGCUUCGCUUUGGAACGGAAAAAUGGCAACCUGGCACGAAAUACAUGUUGCGCCCAGUCGAGCCACUUAACUCACCAGAAACAGCUUCCCACGAUAUAUCCCAGGUAGAUACGCUUCGUGGUGAGUACUCGCAUUCUGGUUUUAAGGAUGGAGAACUUGUUGAAAUUCGCGGGGAGCUGCAGGUGUCGACGAAGUAUUUGUUCACGAUGGAUCUUUACAAUCACUUCUCGACGCUUGGAGUCUCACCCGAUGGGCUGUCGGUCACGUGUCACAGUGGUGAAUCGCGAAAUCUUGCGCUAGGAACGGUAGGGUUUGCCUCGGGUAUUCAUUACUGGGAGGUCCACGUAGAGCAAGCAGAGUUUGGUAGCGUAUUCAUUGGCGUGUGUGAAAAGGCUGGCCCGCCGGGCUCCCAGGCUGCGCUGUCUAGCCGAUUGAAUAGAUGGCACGGAUGGGGUUUCGUCAACUUUCGUGCAACAUACCACAAUAGUACAGAGCGUAUCUACGGCGACCACUUCAAUGCAAGCGAUACCAUUGGCGUACGACUUGAUAUGGAACAAGGCAAGUUGUCAUUCUUCAUGGAUGGAAUAAAGUUUGGUGAGCACAUUGUGUCCGAUUUGGGCGUUGCAUUCGAGAACAUGAAGGGUGAGCCGAAUUCGCGUACGCUGUACCCGUGCAUCGGUAUGCGGAAGGGUGGAGACCGGGUCACGCUAAAUCAGAAGUGGGUAUCGAUGCCUGGAGUAUCUCCGCGCCAGAUCCUUUCGGAUGCAGUUGAUGUCAGCAAAGCGUUGCAUUCCUGGUAUGUCUCGAUUCCACAAGAAAAAUCCACGGCUACGGCCGAAUGUUUAGCAGGACCGUCCUCGCUAAAAACUGGUACACCCCUUGCACGAAUAACGACACCGGUAGAAGCUCGCUUGAAGCUACCGAUUAAAUUGCUUCAUGAGAGCUGGCUGGAGUGGAAGCAAUGGAGUGAUAAUCGCUGGCAGCGGUGCCAUGUGCGACCACGAGGGAUCUCUGUCGACUUCGACACGUCGCCUGCUGCUUGUAUCCGCGUGAGUAAUGCUGCUGGUCUCGGUGCUCCAUUCUUGGCUGGUGAUCGCGUCCGUAUGUGCUCCAAGUGUGGCCAAGAGUUGAAUCAACCGGAAGAAGCUGUUGUGUUAGGUGUAUACCGUGGCUUCCUUUGGUACCGCACGGAAACACAAGGAAACGAAGGCGCCGAUGAAGGACGGACAUGGGCCUGGCAUUGGUCGCCAAAUGAGCUGCCAGAGCUUCUUCUAAUUCGUCGCGGCGGCAAGGACAUGACUCUGGUCGAGAACAGUGCAUGCGACGUGUCGGAUUAUGAAAAUGCAGCCGAGCACAAUCCGUUUGAGCCUCGUUCUACACUAGAAAUGCGUGCAAGGACGGACUUCGAUGCGUUUGUUGAGCUAGCUACGCGAUCGCAUUCGGCCGCGUCAGACAUGCAGUUGGUUGAGCGGCUGAAUGCCUAUUGUGCAGCCAUUGGACUGGACGUGACAAAUCUCAGUAUCACGGACGUUGUGGUCCCAGGGGAGGUGGGAGAAGGCGACGACGAUGUAAGUGUGGUGCACGGACGUCCUCGAACACGUUCACUAGUAGUUGAUGACUAUUUCACGUCGCCGACACUGAAGGAUAUCACCGGUCCCGAGUUGCGUGCACGCACUGCAGUACUACGGGUGCUGAACAGCAAAAUUCUUCGGGUGCUUCCCUUCAUUGCAGUCCGGCCGGACGAUGGGAGCAGUACUCAGCCAAUCGAAGUCGCAGGCAGUGCCGGAUCGAACAGUUUCACCAAGGGAUCAGCCGACUUUUUGUCAACAAGUAUGAAAUUACGUUCGCUACGACGGUUGGUGUUCACGAGUACUAAACGAGCCUUCUGGGAUGACGUUCUUCGGGCUACGACAACAAGUACGCCGCUUCCGUCCGACGAGUACGAAGAUCCACGUGAGAUCCGCGUUAUUCGAAUCAACCGAAUCCAAGCGCAAGCUUCAAAGCUGAGCUUGCUUUCGCAACCAGGUGAUCGAUUACGUCGUUCGGUGUUUGGUCAGCUCUACCGAGAAAUGCGCGUGUGGAGUGACAGCUUUUUCCGCCGUGCCUACUGUGGGAAAGGCCACGGUGGCCAGCGACGUGCUUUUAAGGUCAAGUUUUUGGGGGAGGGUGUAAAUGACUACGGUGGACCGUACCGUGCCGUCUUUGAACAAAUCGUGGACGAGCUGCAGAUGGACAAUGUGGAAUUAUCCAAGGGCGAGCAGGGCUUGCUACCGCUGCUAAUACCGUGCCCGAAUCGCCGGAGCGCUACAGGCAGCAACCAGGACAAGUUUUUGCUGAAUCCCUCCUGUGGCACCGCUUUGUUGACCAAUGGGCCUAUGGCGCUAGAUCUGCACCGUUUUCUUGGAAAACUGAUCGGCACAGCAGUACGUCACGGCUUACAGAUGGGGCUGGACUUGCCUGCGCUCGUUUGGCGACCACUGGCUGGGCUCGAAGUCAGUCGAGCACACUUGGAGAAUGUCGAUAUCGCAGCAUCCAACAAUUUGUGCCGCGUUGAGGAACUCAACCCUGAUACUGAAACGGCAGUUCAAGAAGCAGAAGAGGUGCUAGGCUACUUGACCUUGUCGACUACGUUGAGCGACGGCGUCGAGGUCCCCUUGGUACCCCAAGGUGAAAAGAUGCCUGUGACUUUUGCAAACCGCGAAUUGUAUGUGCAUCUCGUGGAGGAAACGCGACUUACAGAGAGUAGCCAACAGCUCGCUGCACUCAAGCACGGCUUAGCGUCGGUGCUCCCCAUGGAGCUCGCGCCAUUGUUCACACCGCAGGAACUCGAAGUGCUGAUCUGUGGACGACGCGAAGUGGACGUGGAUUUGCUGCAUCAAUGCACUGAGUAUAGUGAAGGAGCGACUGAGACGAUGCCGCAUGUGCAGCACUUCUGGGAGGUGCUACGCGAAAUGACAAGCGAGGAGAGGACGUCGUUCUUGCGCUUCGUGUGGGCGCGAAGUCGCAUGCCCAACAGCGCCAAGGACUUUCCCAUGAACUUCAAGCUGCAAGCCGCACUCGACCCGGGCGCUGUCGGUCACCCCGAUCAAUACCUGCCUCAUGCGCAGACGUGUUUUUUCGCGUUGCGGCUUCCAGCCUACACGAGCAAAGAUGUGCUGCGUGCCAAGUUGCUGUACGCGAUCCAGAACUCGCCCAACAUGGACGCUGACGUGAGGCUGCACAACGCCGAGGGCUGGGCCGACGCCUAA